AUGUCUGCUCUAUCCAACUGGACAGAGACACUGGAAAAUGUCUUCAAAAGGAUUUUUAUCACCUACAUGGACAACUGGCGCAGGAACACGACCGCCGAGGAAGAGGCACUGCAGGCCGAGGUGGACGCCGAGAACUUCUACUACGUCAUCCUCUACCUCAUGGUGAUGAUUGGCAUGUUCUCCUUCAUCAUCGUGGCCAUCCUGGUGAGCACGGUGAAGUCCAAGAGGCGGGAACACUCCAACGACCCCUACCACCAGUACAUCGUGGAGGACUGGCAGGAAAAGUACAAAAGCCAGAUUUUGCAUUUCGAAGAAGCCAAGGCCACCAUCCACGAGAACACAGGAGCGGAGGGGUUCAAAGCGUCGGCCUGA